CCCGGGGGCUGUUGGGCAGCUGACGAGCCCUCCCCUCCCGCUCCCUCCACUGCAGUUUGAUGUCCAGCCGUUUCUCCCCGCACAUGGUCCCACCGCCCACCCACGGGCUGCACCCUUCGGGCAUCCCACACCCGACCAUCGUCUCGCCCAUCGUGAAGCAGGAACCCACCCAGCCCAGCGUCAGCCCCGGAGGCAACUCGAAAUCCCCCGUCACUGUGAAGAAGGAGGAGGAGAAGAAACCCCACAUCAAGAAGCCGCUCAAUGCCUUCAUGUUGUACAUGAAGGAGAUGAGGGCCAAGGUGGUGGCCGAGUGCACGCUGAAGGAGAGCGCCGCCAUCAACCAGAUCCUGGGCAGACGGUGGCACUCGCUGUCGCGGGAAGAGCAGGCCAAGUACUACGAGCUCGCACGGAAAGAGCGGCAGCUGCACUCGCAGCUCUACCCCACGUGGUCGGCGCGGGACAACUAC